AUGGCUUCACGUUCUGCUACUUCCGCGUUCUCGAAUCUCAGCUUUAUCCCUCUUGACCCUCACUAUACCCUCAAGAAGAUUUUCGCAGCCGAUGACCAUGAAAAGAAAGUCAUCCUAGGAUCUGGAAUUUACCGAGACGACAAUUCUCAGCCGUGGGUGUUGCCUAGUAUCAAGAAAGCUGAAGGGUAUGUCGACAAUGGGCAGAACCCAGGUCGAUAUGAGUAUCUACCCAUUACAGGGUACGCACCAUUCCACCAUGCUGCUCGCGAUCUUCUGUUUGGUCCCUUGAAUGUCAGCACAGAGCACUUUGUGUCAUUGCAGACACUUGCUGGUACUGGAGCGAACAGUCUUGGAGCUCGCUUUCUCAAAGAAUCAUUGAAUCCAUCCGCAGUGUGGCUAUCUGAUCCGACAUGGGUGAAUCACCAUAAUAUUUGGAGCUUGGUCGGUGUUGAGAUCAAGACCUAUCCUUAUUGGAACGCCGUGAAUAGAGGACUAGACUUUGAUAAUCUGAUACACACGUUGAAGACGCGUGCUACCAAGGGAGACGUCAUUGUUUUACAUGCAUGUGCUCAUAAUCCGACUGGAGUUGAUCCCAGCAAGGAACAGUGGAAGACGAUUGCAGACGUGUGUGAGCAGAAAGGGCUCUUCCCAUUUUUUGACUGUGCUUACCUAGGAUUUGCAAGUGGCGACCUGGACGAGGAUGCAUGGGCCGUGAGACAUUUUUUGUCUCGGGGAACACUAGAACUUGCAGUGGCUCAGUCCUUCUCGAAAAAUAUGGGUCUUUAUGGCGAGAGAGUCGGCGCAUUCCAUCUUUCAACUUUCUCUGCCGAAGCAGCAACGAAGGCACAAGGCCACCUUGCCCGUUUACAGCGCGGUCAAAUUUCUACUCCGCCUUCAAGAGGCGCCAGGAUCGCUACAACCAUUCUUGCGACUCCCAGUUUAUACCAGGAAUGGCUUCUAGAUCUGCAAGAGAUGACCUCUCGCAUCCAAGGCAUGCGCAGGUUACUUCGUGACAAUUUGGUUUCCCUUGGGACACCUGGAAAUUGGGACCAUAUUUGUUCACAAAUAGGAAUGUUUUCUUACACUGGCUUGUCUCCUGAGCAGGUGGAUAUCAUUCGGACUGAUCACCAUGUUUAUGUACUGAGAACCGGGCGUAUAUCAAUUGCUGGCUUAACCACGGCAAAUGUCGCGCAUGUAGCGAAGGCAAUGGACGCCGCUGUCUGGAAGUCACCUAAUUAG